UUUAUAUAAUAUGUGUAACGUGUGUGGUGUGUUGUCAUGUGUAUGUUAAAAGAGAAAUAUAAAAAUAAAGAAAAUGAAUUUAAAGCGAAAGAGAAGCGGUUGGGAUAAAGGAUGUACCCAUAUAUUUAUCCAUUCUUCCCAGUCACUUUCCCAUUUCUGUAAGUAGACUGUAACCCACAAAGGAACGGAGAGAAGCAGAGCACGUAGAGAGUUUCGGGAGAUUUUGGGAAGCUAAUUUCUAGGGUUUUUGUUACACAAAAAUCCCAUAAUCAGCUCUAUCUAGCCUAGUCCUUCCAUCUCCGAGGUUAUAUCAAAGUUUUGGAUAAGAAUUUCUUGAGUUUCCGAUCGAAGAAAUUAGGGUUUCGGAAGGUCCAGAAGUCGGAUUAAGCCCAAAUUUCAUAUACGAGCUUCCUGCAGCGAGGUAAUCAAUCAUCUAGUUCUAAUCCUUGAAUUUCGGAAAUUAUUUAGGUCGGGGUCCAAAUCGCUGAAUUUAGCUCCGGCCAGGUUUGAUGUGUUUUUAUCAAGAAUUUGACUCAGAGCCUAGAACUAAUAUUGACGGGGAUACUGCACGGGAUAUUAGGACGGUCUCGAAUUUUAAUUCGAGGUUCGUUCGUGAAAUUGACGUUUUAGUACGGGAAGCUUAAACCGGUGUUUGAACGACCAGAACUGGUGAGAGAUUAGCACGGCAUACCGGGUUUGUCGUAUCACGAUAAUUAUUUUGAUGCUUAGAAUUGACCUAGGUGAACUAGAAUGGCAUGAUUAGGGGUGUAUGGACUUUUGUGCUAUAUGAUGAACCCUGGACUGUUGUAUGAUAUUAUUGACUUGCCCUAACCAAUAUGGACCUUGUUUAUGUUGAUGAUUGCAUACAUGUUGCCAUUUGUGGCUUAACCGUUGAUAUGACUUCAUGGUUGUUCGAUAAGGUGUUUUGACAUGAUGUGAUAUUGUGGUUGUAUUUAGAUUCACAAGUGGGUAAAUAUAUAUUACCUGGUGAUAUUAUGAUGUUUAAGGAGGAUGACUUGCACGAGGGUUUAUCCCGAGGAAAUGCAAUUAUACGACUCCUGAUUUACCUAUGUUGAGCCAAUUGUGGCCAGGUCAAGUACAUGUGCAAGUAAUGAAUUAUGAUUAAGCAAGAUGAGAUAUGAAUCAUGUAUAAGGAUACCAAUAAUGAGUGUGGUGGUCUCACGGUCAACUACAUAGUAAUUAGGGCUCCCUAUGCUAUUACUCUACUAUGAUAUGUAUGAUAGUCACACCUCUCAUGUGGUGGUGACUGAAGAAUUCUUAUGAGAUAUGACCACACCCAAAGUGGUGUGGGGGUAUGACUACACCCAUAGUGGUGUGGGGUAUGUAUGACCACAUCCGACGGGAUGUUGGGGUAUGUAUGACUACAUCCGACGGGAUGUGGGGUAUGUUUCCCGGGAGAGUUAUUAGCAUGGGAGUAGCCAGGCGCCUAUAAGUAAAACAUGAUAAGAUGCAUAUGCAUAAGUCAAGGUGGUUGAGUCUUUUGCCUAUUGGGAUGUCGGAUGGCUGAGGUCUGAUCUUAGUGUUUUGGCUUGAUUGCUAGAUGUAUGGUAGGGGUAUGCUUUGUUAUGAACUCACGAUGCAAUGAUUGUCUCACUCAGCUAUGAGCUGACCCUCUUUAUCCUUUUUCUCUGCUUAUGCCAUGUGUAAGCAGAUCAUCAGCAGCAGCAGUAGAUAGGUGUAUAGGUGGGAGCUGAGCAAGAGUUGAAGGCAAGAUGAGGUAUGGUCUUCAACUAUUCUGUGCUUGGACUACUACUCGGGAUUUUGGCCAGUGAUUCACACCUUUUUGUAAAAAUGUUUUGUGAACGUUUUUCAUGUGCAUACUAGCUUCUGAUGUAGGGUGAGAUAUCCACAGGUGUGGAAAAUUGAUGAUAUGUGUAUAUGUUGUGUAACUGUGUAAGUUGUGACGAUUAUGGUAUGUAUAAGUUUGGUAUGCAGUUGUGUAGUAUGAACUGUGACUAUGGCUAUGAAAGUCCAUGUAUAUGGUUGUUAGUAUAUAGGUUUUUCAUUGAAUGCAUGGAAUCAGAUGAAUUAUUUUGCAGGAUAAGUUGCAAGAACUGUUAGCCCAUUACGCGAGUAAUUCAUGUCGAAAUUUUAUUUAGGUAAAUUUUGAUAAUUAAUGUAACACCCGAGAUUAAUUCCGCUGCAAUUGUAUGAACAAUAUGAUUAGACAAAACGUAUAGGGUAGGGUGUUACAGGUUUUGUAGUAAUGCAGUAUACUAUCCUCGUGCAUAACCAAAUCUUUCCAUAGAUUAUAGUCAUAGAAAAAAAAAUUCCUUGCCAAUGCCAUCAGAAAAAUCCCUCUUCCACGCCAGGAUAUUGAGGAUAGAUUAAUAUGGCAUGAGACCAGAGAUGAAAUUUUUUCUGUCAAAUCCGCUUAUCAUCUAGCUGUGCUUCUGGAUAGGCAGCGAGGGAGAUGGCAGUCAGUGGCUAGUUGGAUGGAUAAUCCUAGUUGGAUUCGUUUGUGGGAAACUAAUAUCCUGCCUAAAUUAAAAGUGUUCCUCUGGCAAAUUUUCAACUGUAUCCUCCCUACCCCGUAAGCCCUUAUUGAGAAGGAUAUCUUGGUGUUGCCCAAGUACCCGGUUUGUUGGGUCCAGACAGAGACAAUUGAGCAUUUGUUUCUUGAUUGUCCUGUGGCAAGGGCUCUUUGGAACCACUCGGGCCUCGAGUAUCUUGGGCAAGGGCUUCCUCGACACACAUUUCCCCUUUUUCUGAAAAGAGUUAUGUGUCUCAUUCAUGAUCUGCCCUUUUUCAUGGCAGUAGCGGCCAUCCUUUGGUUAAUUUGGAAGUCUCGUAACUGGGUUGUAUUUGAGGGUAAGCAAUUUGGAAUCCCCGCCUUGAUGCACCAAUUUCACCAGCAGUAUCAGGAAUGGAUCUGCCUACCAGUUGAUAGUGUGCCCAUGCCCUUGGUUGAUUAGGGGACUCAGGCUGGUAGUGGUGGUCUUCACUAUUUGAUUUGUAUGUGGGAUGGAGAAACCCGUUGUGGGUCUCAUUCGGCAGGGGGCUUUGUUGUUAAGAACCCUGGGGGCAUGCCACUCUGGGCACAAGGAAUUCAUGUUGCUAAUAUUGACGAUCCAAUGACGGUCGAGCUCCUGGUUCUUUGGGCCGCGAUCCUUUGGUGUCUGGAGAGUGGCUUUGCGGAUGCCAGGUUUGAAGGGGAUGCCAAGGUCAUUAUUGACAAAAUUAAUCAGGCGAAUACUCGCGAUAGCACGAUGGGGGCGUACUGGAGGAAGUUGUAUGAUGUCUGAUCACUAGGGUUUUUGUGUACGAUUUGUAGGUCGGAGUAGAAAUAAGGUAGCUCAUUUAGUGGCUAGAAAGGCCCUAGCUUUGUACCGGAUUCCAUAUCGUUUUUUUAAUUUUUUUGGCCUAGUUAAAAUGCAAGAUUUAAUGUUCUAUCUGUUCUUUCAAUAUAAUUGAUUAUCUUUUGUAAAAAAGAAGUAAUAAAAUCCCAUAAAAUCAAGAUGAUAUGAGAUUUAUGGACGUUGAAGAUCAAACAAUUGUAUAACAAAUAAACUCUCUCUAAUUGUAUAUGAUAAUGACAUUGGCAAUGGUUCAUCAGGUCGACCGGUUGCUGUAAGAGAUGGAUGGCUUGAUGGAAAAGGUGGACCACUUAGGUAAACGGUCUACCAAUCUAUUAAAAAGUAGUCAGCGAUUUAAUAAAAGAUAUAUACAAUGCAGUCAAAAGCGAGUUUCUACGUGGAAACGUUUUGGUGAUCUAAAAGCGUAAAAUCGUAAGUUUUUAAGUUUUAAAGCGUAGUUUUUAAUUAUAUAAGUUAUAAAAACUGAUAUUUUGUGUAGAAGCAUUUUCGUGACCUAGAAACGUAAAAUGGUAAGUUUUUAAGUUUUAAAACGAAAUUCUGACUACAUUUGAUAUAGAUUGUUUUCUCCAAGUUCUCAUAACUUGUAAGUCAUGUUAAUAAAGUUCUAAAAGGUUUCAUGAAUGGCCCUUAAUUUUCACUACUAAGUCACCAGUGAAAAAAGGUUAGAGAAGAUGAAGAAUACUAGGUAGCUACUAGCUAUAGGUAGGGAGAUGGCAUCCCGGACAGGCAGCCCAACUUGUGAAGGGUAAAAGUCAUGCAUGCAAUGCAAAACCGUGAUUUGCUACUUGCUGCAUCCCCUUACUUUAGCGGCCGCUAAUUGCUCUGCCGGCUGGCCGGUUGAAUCGAAAGCUCGGAAGAGACUUGAUCAUCACGGGAUGCUCUCUUUCCCUUUGCCGCCCCUUUGUUCCCGUUGGCCGGUGUGGCUUUUAGCCCAAUGCCUGCUGCGCCUACAGCUACUAUUGAUGCAUGUGUUGUUUUACAUAACAACAAAACAUGGGAUAUCAUAUCGUGGAGGGAUCGCUGAAAACCCCUUUUGGGAUGGUGUUUGUUCCCCUUUCGCCACCUCCAAAUCCAUCAAAGUGUUUCUUUGUCUUCCCAAACGCAAACACAUUGGGUCCUAUUCUGCUUCCAUGCAUGGCGCCUUGCAAUUUCCACCAUAAUCACCACCAUAACAUGUUGCCCAAGAAACUUGGGGGGAGUUG